CUGCACAAUAAAAAGGUAGGAGGUGCCCAUGAAGGUGAAGCUCAGCGUCUCCCUUUUGUGUCGAGAGAAAAUACACCAUUUCAGGAGUAAAAACACAGGUUUGAUUUGUUGGAGUGAAGUAAACGUGUGUCCUGCUGUAAUCUGGAGAAGGAGACAUGACCUCCAACAUGAGUGUGUCUGGAGAACAGGACUUAAAGAGAGACGAGAGAAUGAUGGAGGGAAAAAGAUCAGACUCACCAGAACCCAGCUGUGUGUCCAUGAAGAGUGACCGGUCAAUGGAUUUUCCACUUCACUUCAGAGACGGAGCCAGUUCUCCUGAUGUGAGACCACAACAGAAGAAAUCAAACCUCAGCAGAAAUCAGUUGGACUCCAUAUUCACGGAGCUGGAACACAAAGUCAUCACUCUGAUAAAGAAUGAGCUGAAGAGGUUUAGGAAGCUCCUGAGUCCAGAUUACCCAGCAUGCACUGAGAGGGAGGUGGAGGAUGAGGAGGAUCUGCACAGUGUCAGAGACGGAGCGCUGAAGAUCACACUGCACGUCCUGAAGAACAUGAACCACACAGAUCUCGCUAACACACUGCAGAACAAGUCUUUGACGUCUGUGUACCAGCCAAAGCUGAAAUCCAACCUGAGAGAGAAGUUCAAAAGAAUUAAUGAAGGAAUCUCACAGCAUGGAAGCUCAGCACUUCUGAAUGAGAUCUACACAGAGCUCUACAUCACAGAAGGUUGGAGUGGAGACAUCAAUAAUGAACAUGAGGUGAGACAGAUUGAGACAGCGUCCAGGAGACCAGCAACACAGGAGACACCCAUCAAAUGUAAUGAGUUCUUUAAAGACAAGUCCAUCAGAAGUGUUCUGACUAAAGGAGUUGCUGGAAUUGGAAAAACAGUCUCUGUGCAGAAGUUCAUUCUGGACUGGGCUGAAGGGAAAGCAAAUCAGGACGUCACCUUCAUGUUUCCACUUCCCUUUAGAGAGCUGAACCUGAUGAAGCAGGAAAAUCUCAGUCUGAUGGAUCUUCUUCAUCACUUUUUCCCAGAAAUAACAAAAAUAAAAUUAAUAGACUGUGACUCCUACAAAGUGGUGUUCAUCUUUGAUGGUCUGGAUGAGUGUCGACUUCCUCUAAAUUUCCAGAAAAAUGCGAGAUUGUGUGAUGUGACAGAAUCAGCCUCAGUGGAUGUGCUGCUGACGAACCUCAUCAAGGGGAACCUGCUUCCCUCUGCUCUCCUCUGGAUAACCUCACGACCAGGAGCAGCCAAUCAGAUCCCUCCUGAGUGUGUAGACCUGGUAACAGAGGUACGAGGGUUCAGUGACUCUCAGAAAGAGGAGUACUUCAGGAAGAGGAUCAGUGAUCAGAGCCUGGCCAAUAAAAUCAUCUCACACAUGAAGUCUUCAAGAAGCUUCUACAUCAUGUGCCACAUCCCAGUCUUCUGCUGGAUCUCAGCCACUGUUCUAGAGAGAAUGUUGGGUGAAGCAGAGAGUGGACAGAUCCCCAAGACUCUGACUCAAAUGUUCACACACUUCCUGAUAUUUCAGAUCAAACACAAGCAACAGAAGUACCAUCAGAAAUGUGACCCUGAUCCUCAGCAGAUCAGAGAGAGUAUCCUGGCACUGGGAAAACUGGCUUUCCAACAGCUGGAGACAGGAAACCUGAUCUUCUAUGAGGAAGACCUGAGAGAGUGUGGCAUUGAUGUGAGAGAAGCGUCAGUGUACUCAGGAGUGUGUACCCAAAUCUUCAGAGAGGAGUUUGGGCUUCACCUGGGGAAGGUGUUCAGCUUUGUACAUCUGAGUGUUCUGGAGUUUCUGGCUGCUUUAUAUGUCUUUCUGUCUUUCAUCAGCAGAAAUGUAACAGAGCAGCAAACCACUGAUCUGUCUGAUCUUCUCAACAAGACAAACAUGUCUGAUCUCCUCAGAAGUGCAGUGGACAAGGCCUUACAGAGUGAGAAUGGACACCUGGACUUGUUCCUCCGCUUCCUUCUGGGUCUCUCACUGGAGUCCAAUCAGACUCUCUUACGAGGCUUAAUGCCACAGACAGGAGGCAGCUCUCACAGCAAACAGCAAAUAGUUGAGUACAUCAAGGAGAUGAUCAGGGAGAAUCCAUCUCCAGAGAAAUCCAUCAAUCUAUUCCACUGUCUGAAUGAACUGAAUGAUCAUUCUCUGGUGCAGGAAGUACAAACUUACCUGAACAGAGGAGGUUACAGUCGUCUCAGUGGAACCAGACUCUCUCCUGCUCAGUGGUCAGCUCUGGUGUUUGUGUUACUGAACUCAGAACAGGAGCUGGAUGUGUUUGAUUUGAGGAAAUAUGACCUAUCGAACAAAUGUCUUAUGAAGCUACUGCCAGUGGUCAAAGCCUCCAGGAAAGCUGACCUGCGUCUGUGUAAUCUGACAGAGGAAAGCUGUAGAGGUCUGUCCUCAGUUUUCAGCUCAAACUCCUCCAGCUUGAGAGAACUGAACCUGAGUGGAAAUAAACUACAGGAUUCAGGAGUAAAGCUGCUCUCUGCUGGACUGGAGAAUCCACACUGUACACUGGAGAUACUGAGGCUGCGUGUGUGUAAUCUGACAGAAGAAAGCUGUAGAGUUCUGUCCUCAAUUCUCAGCUCAAACUCAUCAAGACUGAGAGAACUGAACCUGAGUGAGAAUAAACUGCAGGAUUCAGGAGUAAAGCUGCUCUUUGCUGGACUGGAGAAUCCACACUGUACACUGGAGAUACUGAGGCUGUGGGGGUGUAAUCUGACAGAGGAAAGCUGUAGAGUUCUAUCCUUGGUUCUCAGCUCAAACUCGUCAAGUCUGAGAGAACUGAACCUGAGCAACAACAACCUGCAGGAUUCAGGAGUGAAGCUGCUCUCUGCUGGACUGGAGAAUCCACACUGUACACUGGAGAUACUGAGGAUAUGUGGGUGCAAACUGACAGAGAACUGCUGUAGAAUUCUGUCCUCAGUUCUCAGCUCAAAUUCCUCCAGACUGAGAGAACUGGACUUGAGUAACAAUAAACUGCAGGAUUCAGGAGUGAAGCUGUUCUCUGCUGGACUGCAGAAUCCACACUGUACACUGGAGAUACUGAGGAUGUGGGGUUGCAGCAUUACAGAUGAAGGCUGUGCUGCUCUGGCUUCAGCUCUGAGGUCAAACUCCUCAUCACACCUGAGAGAACUGAAUCUGAAUGGUAAUAAUUCAGGAGAAUCAGGAGUGAAGCUGCUCUCUGAUCUACUGAAGGAUCCACACUGUAAACUGGAGACACUACAGCUGUGUGAGUGUAAUCUGACAGAGGAAAGCUGUAGAGGUCUGUCCUCAGUUCUCAGCUCAAACUCCUCCAGUCUGAGAGAACUGAACCUGAAUGUAAAUAAACUGCAGGAUUCAGGAGUGAAGCUGCUUUUCGCUGGACUGGAGACUCCACACUUUAAACACAUAUUACGAAGAUGUCCCAAGAUUCUACAUACGCCUGCUACAGCAACACCCCGGAGACAGCGCCGGCUCUGCCCGACGACAACGCUAGAAUCCCCGCCACAAACAUACGACAACAAGUGGCUGGAUAAUUUCUGCAAGGAAUUAGGAUAUCACAACCUAAAUUUCCUCACAACUCCGUACGGAAUCAGCGGCUCUUUAACUGGCGCCCCUGCCUACAUCGGUGUUGAUGACAUAGACGGCUUCGAUCAUCCAAGUCAGCUUAAACACUCCUGUCUGUUCGAACCUGACGCGUAUUUCUUUGACAAAUACUUUGAGGAACUAUCGCGUGAUCUGCUCAAACCUGUGCUUAAACAUUUCAUCGCUCAAGCCUUGAGUCGGUUUGGUUUGAGGGUUAACCCUAAGAGAAUUCAAGGAUCAGUGGAUGCCGUUGUACACGAGCUGCGGGACGAAGUGUACAUUGUGCAAAGGCUUAACGAGGUCAGAGAGAAACCUGUGGAUGUCAGCAGCGAGCAGAUCGUCUACAACGCCGUGGACAGCUGGAAGGGGGUCACACCAGCCGUUUGA